GCGAUUGGCUGAGACGUCCAGUCGGUCAGGCAAUGGAGGGCGUGGCUUGGCGGUGGGUUGCGUAGCAGCAGCGCUGUGAGACCGGUGGUGGCGUCAGCGUCUGUCAGGGGGAGCGGAGAGACGGAGUGUCCGGGGUCCGUAGGCUCCCUGCCCCGGGAGAGGCGGCGUCCACUCCACUGGGGUCGGGGGUUGGGUACGUGUUCAGUGUCGGUGAUGAGCGAUGGGGUAUGAUGUAACACGCUUCCAGGGUGAUGUGGACGAAGAUCUUAUCUGCCCCAUAUGCAGUGGGGUUUUGGAGGAGCCAGUGCAAGCUCCUCAUUGUGAACACGCCUUUUGCAAUGCCUGCAUCACACAGUGGUUCUCCCAGCAGCAGACCUGUCCUGUGGAUCGUAGUGUUGUAACGGUAGCUCAUCUCCGUCCAGUCCCCCGCAUCAUGCGGAAUAUGCUCUCCAAAUUACAGAUUACUUGUGACAACGCAGUUUUUGGCUGUACCACAAUUGUGCGACUUGAUAACCUCAUGUCUCAUCUUAACGACUGUGAACACAAUCCAAAGCGACCAGUAACAUGUGAGCAGGGAUGUGGCCUAGAAAUGCCCAAAGAUGAACUACCAAACCACAACUGCAUAAAACAUCUCCGUUCUGUGGUCCAGCAGCAACAAACACGUAUAGGGGAACUAGAAAAGGCAGCCGCUGAAAACAAGCAUCAGUUGUCUGAACAGAAGCGGGACAUCCAGCUACUAAAGGCAUAUAUGAGAGCAAUCCGCAGUGCCAACCCUAAUCUUCAGAACUUGGAGGAAACAAUAGAGUAUAAUGAAAUUCUUGAGUGGGUAAACUCUCUACAACCUGCACGCGUAACUCGAUGGGGUGGAAUGAUCUCAACGCCAGACGCUGUGUUACAAGCUGUCAUAAAACGCUCACUAGUAGAAAGUGGCUGCCCAGCAUCCAUAGUGAAUGAGCUCAUAGAAAAUGCCCAUGAGCGCAACUGGCCGCAGGGCCUAGCCACACUUGAGACACGACAGAUGAACCGCAGGUAUUACGAGAACUAUGUGGCGAAGCGGAUUCCAGGAAAGCAGGCUGUUGUGGUGAUGGCCUGUGAGAACCAACAUAUGGGAGAGGACAUGGUGCUGGAGCCUGGCCUGGUUAUGAUCUUUGCUCAUGGUGUGGAGGAAAUAUAAAUGCACUUUGGCAACUGUAUACACACUUGUUUUGCUUCUCCAUGUGCUCCAUGUUACCUGAGAUAACAUUUGAAAUGCUAAGUCUCCAGACCCUGCUCUUGCCACUGGUGCCUACUAGUUGAGUACUGUGUGAUGACUUGCCAUUGUUGUAGUUUUUUUUUUUUUGGAAUAAAGACAAGCUAAGCUUUUAGUUUCCCUCAUCGUGCACUAUGGCCAAGCUUCGAGCACAAGCAAACCCAGUCCAAAGUCAUGUUUCUUUCAUUCUGCUUCAUGUUGGCUGGAUGUGCUAUUACUAGUUCCUCAGGAGAAGGGAGCCAUCUUCAACAACGUGGCAAAAACUAGAGAGAAAAGACUAACAGAAGACACUACAAAGAAGGGGCAUUGUGCAAGAUUUAUGGGCAUUUGUAAGUUAGGGGUGCCGAGGCACCAUUUUAAAUCACUGGCAUCUACAACUUGAAUUUGGACUUGCGCAGACCCACUAGAACCUGAUCUGGCAGGGAUAUUUUGUGCAAGCAGGCUAGAAGAAAAAUUCGAUAUUUUUUUAUUAAUCCCUUUAUUACUUGGCACUAAUGUUAGAUUAUUGGUUUCUGUUCUGGUGUGGCCUGUGUCACAAUAAAAUAUGAAUAAGCAGCAGACAAUGCAGCAAUCAUACUACACUCCAAACUUUUGUGUGCAAGCCGUUUUCAUGAUUCAAUGUGAUCGGAUAAAAUGCUCCAAUCUUCCAUACUCUGUCUUCAUUGGAUGAAUGGCAAACAAUAUAGCUGUGGACAUGUAUUAGAGUAUGUUGUGAGUUAUGAACUUGAUUUUUUAUUUUUUUUUCUUCUACGCAAGGGAUCAUGCACUUAUUUUGAGGUGCUUGUACAGAAGUGUAAUGAUUUUGUUUUACUUAUCUGUGCACCAAACAAGCAUUUAUUCAUGCAGUGGACUUUGGUGCAGCAUUCUUGUCUUCAAAGCUUUUAUCUUGUGUAUCUUUUUCUUUUCAUAACUUUAAUUUCACUUUUUUUUUUAUGUCAAGCGUGCAUGUUAAAUUUACCAUAUUCUGCAAGAGUUGAAAAGGUUUCAAUGUUGAUUUGACAGUGGAAGAGAGAUUGCAGGAUUUUAGUUAAACUUUCAAUACUACAGUUCAUAUCUGCAUUCUGACCACAUUUGAGGUUUAGCAUGUACAUUUUUUCAACAAAUUGUUGCAGAGAUUUACACCUCAGUGGUGCCUUUUCUUGUUUGUAAAGAAAAAAAAAACUUGAAGGUCAUGCAGAGCACUGCUUGUUCUGUGUUCCAGUACCACCUGUCUUUAUUUUCUUGUUGAUCUUGCAAAAGCUUUAUAUGUAUUUUUGUUUCUCUGUUCUGUUCAAUAUUUGUGCUUCAGUAUUUUUUUAUUAUUUGUUUCUUUGAUUUUUGUAUGUAUGGUUCCUUUGUCUAUUUUAAUAUACAUAAAACAAAGUACAUGUUUUUUGUGCGUUACCUUAAGUCACCUUAUUAUUUUACCAUCAACCUAAAGCAAUUGUUAGUGCACAAUUAAAAUGGUUAAAAAUG